GUGGCUUAUAAGUAGUCCCCGAACACAUGCAUUGUGGGAGGAAGUGUUGGUAGGAUCCAAAGUCCUAAUGAAUUUAAGUGCAUACCUGUCCUGUAAAUCUUGCCAAUCUACUUUAUAGAAACUAGUUCUCUAAGGCAAGAACGAGGGGGCAGGCAUAGAUAUCUUGGGUUCUUUGUCUUACAUAAAUUCAUAAGUUCCUGUUAGUGAGAAUUCCUUUGUUUUGGGAUGAUGAACAAAUUGUUCCAACUAAUUUAAGAAAGUAAUGUUGAUAUGGAAAAUCCAGGCUCAUGAAUUGUUGUUGUAUAGCAAGGAAAGAUGGUGCAUAUACUCUUUCGUGGAUGGGGGUGUUGAACUUUGGGAUAUUUCAAUUGCAUGAUUUGAGGAAUUUCAGGAUAAUAUCAUUGAUAUGAUCAACUCAUUUCUACCGUUCAGAUAAUAGCUGUAUCUACUAUACAAAAAGAGUUCACCGUUGAAUCAGGUUAAGAGCUAACUUUUGUUUGUAUAGAUUUCUUUCUAGAUUUUGUAUGUGUUACGUUGAGUUAUGAAAAGAUGAUCAGUUUCCUUACUAUAUAUUAAAUGGUAAUUAGAGCAGAGCAAAGAGCUGGAAUUUUUGUGAGAGUAAAAUGUUAUCUGAAACAGAAACCACCAAAAGAGCACCAAGUUGAAAUGAUAGGCCUUCAUAUUAUCUAUUGAGCAGUUCCAACAGGCUCUGACAAUCAACUUGGUGAAGCUCAAUCAUCUAUGCAUUUGUGUACGAGGUCAAGCUUGAUUUCAUACAUGGAAAACUGCCAAAACUAAGUGGUGAUUUAUAUGAAGAAGAUUAGAGUCCACGAACUUCGUGAAAGUGUUAUUUGGAGGGAAGGAGUUGGAAGAGCAAUUUUAUCAAGGAAUAAAGAGAGAAAUUGCCAUUGCUCAACAAUGAUAUAAGUUAAUUUCUCUUUUACAACACUAAAAUGAGUAGUCUUAGAAGGAUUUGCUAAACCAUACAAUGCAGGGUGUACAAGUUGCGAUAAAAGACAAAGAAGAAAAGUGACUCCAUCAUUUCCUUACGGGAUUGAACAAUGCCUAAAGCGUUGUAAGAGGAAAUACCUCUCUGAAGUGGCAACUUUAAGGUGGAGAAUAACAACUACAAAAGCAAAGACGAUACAGGAUGCCGAGUUUGGACAAACAAAAGAAAACUGAUGCAAAAUCGUAAGGUACCCAUCCAAUUGACAGGGAUAUAAAGUGAGCAAGGGAAAACCUAUGACUCGUGUACCCUCAAGUGGCCAACUCACUAUAUUAUUAUAUGAAAAUGUCUUGUCAAAAGUACCCUUGCAAUAUUUGUAUAUAUCCGGUGUUAUCGUGGCAUAUUUAGAGACUAGUCUUGAGUGAGUGUUCGUGAAGGUGCGAUAAUGACUCGUAUCGUAUGUAUCUACUGCAGCACUACGCUACCCAAAUUAUUGUUUAUUCAUUGGCCACAAAGCUUUCCAAAUCUUCUCUCUAAAAUGCAUCUAUUUUUCUUCUCUCUGCUCUGCGGUAAGUUUUCGAAUCUUUAUUCUCUCUAGUUUCAUCAAUUGUUUUAAGAUCCAUCUUGUAUUUUAGUCGAAAUCCAUGGAUACCUUACUAAAAACACAUAACAAACUUGAAUUCUUGCCCCAGCUUCAUGGGGUUUCUGAUAAAUCCUCUAGUUUAAGCUCUUCAAAGAGUCAGGGUCCAGAGAUUAGGUAUGGUCUUAAGAAGUAUCAUCGUUGUAUGAGCUGUGUAAAGGCCGGUAGUACUACUCUUUUGGAGCUUGUUCCUGAAACCAAGAAGGAAAAUCUAGAGUUUGAGCUUCCCAUAUAUGACCCUUUAAAGGGUCUCGUUGUGGACUUGGCAGUUGUAGGUGGUGGCCCAGCUGGGCUUGCUGUUGCUCAGCAAGUUUCUGAGGCAGGGCUUUCUGUUUGCUCAAUUGACCCCUCCCCCAAAUUGAUUUGGCCCAACAAUUACGGUGUUUGGGUGGAUGAAUUUGAAGCCAUGAAUUUGCUUGAUUGCCUUGACACCACCUGGUCUGGCGCAGUUGUUUACAUUGACAAUGGUGUGAAGAAGGAUCUUGAUAGACCAUAUGGGAGGGUUAAUAGGAAGCAGCUCAAGUCCAAAAUGCUGCAAAAAUGCAUAUCCAAUGGUGUUAGGUUUCACCAAGCUAAAGUUAUUAAGGUUAUCCAUGAAGAGUGGAAAUCCUUGUUGAUUUGCAACGAUGGUGUUACAAUUCAGGCUGCUGUGGUUCUUGAUGCAACUGGGUUUUCUAGGUGCCUUGUUCAGUAUGAUAAGCCCUAUAAUCCAGGUUACCAAGUGGCGUAUGGAAUUUUGGCUGAAGUAGAAGAGCACCCAUUUGAUGCAGAUAAGAUGGUUUUUAUGGAUUGGAGAGAUUCACAUCUAAACAGCAAUUCGGUGCUAAAAGAAGCUAAUAGUAAAAUUCCCACUUUUCUUUAUGCAAUGCCCUUUUCAUCCAACAGGAUAUUUCUUGAGGAAACUUCACUUGUAGCGCGGCCUGGAGUGCCCAUGAAAGAUAUCCAGGAAAGAAUGGUGGCUAGACUGAAGCACUUGGGCAUAAAAGUAAAGAGCAUUGAAGAGGAUGAGCAUUGUGUCAUUCCAAUGGGUGGACCCCUCCCAGUGCUUCCACAAAGAGUAGUUGGAAUAGGCGGUACUGCUGGUAUGGUGCAUCCUUCGACUGGGUAUAUGGUGGCCAGGACUUUAGCAGCAGCCCCUAUUGUAGCUAACUCUAUAGUACGGUGCCUUGAUUCUGACAGAAGCCUUUCAGGAAAUCAAUUGUCAGCUCAAGUUUGGAAAGAUUUAUGGCCUAUACAAAGGAGGAGACAAAGGGAAUUCUUUUGUUUUGGUAUGGAUAUACUGCUGAAGCUUGAUUUACAAGGCACUAGAAGUUUUUUUGAUGCUUUUUUUGAUUUGGAACCGCAUUAUUGGCAUGGUUUCUUGUCAUCAAGACUGUUUCUUCCGGAACUUGUAGUUUUUGGGCUUUCGCUAUUCUCACAAGCCUCUAAUACUUGUAGAAUAGAGAUCAUGAGGAAGGGAACUCUUCCAUUGGUUAACAUGGUCAACAACUUGGUACAGGAUAGAGAUUAAAAUCACUGCUAUAUUUAUUCGUUAUAUGCUUAAUGUGUUUAUGUAUCUGCUUCUAAUAGUUUAGAUGCACUUUCCCUAGUUGUCAAUAAAACACCUCAAAUUUGUUGUUA